AUGUCGAUCUAUGAGUUGAAAGGCAAAGUUGCCAUCGUUACAGGAGCCGGCUCUGGUAUUGGCUAUGAAGUUGCCAAGCUGCUACUUAGAGAAGGUUCCAAAGUUGUUUUCGCCGAUCUGAGCCUGCAACCCGCUGCCGAAUCGACUUUGGACCAGUAUUCGGUUGCAUGUACUGCAAAAGAAUCACCAGUUGCUUUCUUCCAUAAGACCGAUGUGGCUGACUGGUCUCAACUGAGCGACCUAUGGGAAGCGACUCUGCGAAAGUUUGGGCAAAUCGACAUCAUUGCCAAUAUCGCCGGAGUAUACGAUCCGCCAUUCAGCGACUUCUGGAGACCACCUGGUAUCUCACCCGAGUCGAGAGAUCCGCCAAAUGCCAAUCCAGGAUCGUAUGCAACAAUCUCGAUCAACUAUGUCGCGCCAGUUCGUCUAGCUCAGCUGGCCAUCGAUUAUUGGUGUCGCAACCCGCAUGUUAAGGGCAACUUUGUGGCGGUCUCUAGUAUAGCAGCGUAUGUGCACAGCAUGUACAGUCCAUUAUAUAUGUCCAGCAAGGCAGCUCUUGUGAGUUUCGUGAAGAGCCUCGGCGAGCUGAACGACCAUUUUGGAAUCCGCAUUGCGGCCGUAUGUCCAGGGAGUGUCAAAACCCCCUUGCUUGAGAAUAAGUUGAAUAUGAAAGUGUCAGAUGACGGGUCCCUCACGCCUCAGGAAUGCGCUGAUGUCAUUGGGCGCGUUCUUCAGGAGGCCCGAUGGGGUCGAGGUAGCAUUGUGGAAACGCAAAAGAUCACCACUGAUGGACUGGAAGAUGAGAUUUCUGUCCGUGAUGUUCGUCUCGAGGCUUUGUAUCCAUCCCUAGCGACACCUCAGGAUAUACUUGGGCCGCUUGACGAGGAUAAAAAGUUACUUGUCAAACGCUUGAAAGAUAGGGGCAUGCAACCUUAA